GAAGAGGCCAACAAGUUACGAAGGAGUCUUGAGCUUUUGAUAAUGAAUGGUUCAGAAGAAGUUAAAAAUAAUGCUGAUCGAUUAAAGCAAAGCUUUGAGGAAAUGGACAUCUUACGUGUUGCUCACCUUAGUCUGUUUGUCGCAGGUCAUCGUUAUUAUUGCGAAGAUGUUCGAGUAUUUUUGGACAAAGUUGAAGUUGACCACGAAAAUGAAGAAAAUCGAAAAAAAACAUCGAUCUCGGAGAUGAAUAUGAAUAUAGAGGAUCAUGAUUUGGUUAUAUCAUCAUUGUCUGGUGAAGAGGAAAAAAUAAAUAGCUUAAUAUAUGACGAUCAAAGCAACUCAACCCAUCAAGUAUCUACAACUGACCUUCCUAAUCGUUCCAUGGAAAGAAGUCGAAAAGAGCAAUUCUCAUUAGAGAUUAAUAUUCCGAAAAUCAAGGGCAUAGAAAACUACAAUAUUUUAUGUUUAUUCGAUUUUGAGUUUCCCUAUACAAAAUUGCUCUUUGAAACCUUAACCACGGAUCAGAUUAGCAUGUUGAGGAAUAAAUGGGUCCAGGAUAAAGAAAAUGAUUUGAUUGAAGAUAUAUGGCAGUUAUGUCCGUUAAAAAUAUUAGUGGACGAGUACUCUAAAGUUAUUAAAGAAAACACGAAUGAAGACACACUGAAUCUCAAUCUAAAAAAACUCAUGUUAACUUUUUCAAUGCCAUUAUUUGAAUAUGGUUAUCAUCAUCAAAAAAAUUAUGAACUUCUCUGGUGUCAGAAUUUCUAUAGAGAAAUGACUCUCCAAAUGCUUCGCGAGCAUAGUUCGUUAAAAGAUAGCAGUACAAGUGUAUGCCAAUAUCGAGGCGAAAUUGUUGAUCCGCUUAUAUCAACAAUUUUUUAUGAUAUUGAUAAUGCAGUCUGGAUAAAAACGCAAGAAGGUUCAAGUGAAAAAAAUGAUAACAAACAUGAUGGAAUUUUAUAUUUUGAUAUAAAAGAUACAAAAUUCGAGGUUGGGUAUGUUGGGGUAGUCGGUAAUGCGUUUACUACUAGUAGAUCUGAUAAAAUAUUUUGUUUAGAAAAGCUGUUAAAAGCGACUAUGAAGUCAAUUCAGCAUCAAAAUGAAUAUAUAAAAUUUGAUUCGACUACUUUGAAGCAAUCAUUUGCAGUUUUGGUAUUUGGAAGAGAAUAUUACCUUUUAUGCAUGCGUUUGAUAGAAGAUAUGUACAUUAUGGAUGAGUAUGAUACAUUUACAUUACCAAGUUCAAAUUUCGAUUUUUCGGAGAUUGAAAGCAUUGUCAAAGCG